AUGAAGACUACCGUCACAGCGCUGGCCUUGUUUGUUGCCGUCGUUCUCGGCAAUACGGCGUGGACCUGCCUGGACAGCAGCAACAAAUACAUCGAUGUCUGUUCCAGCUCAGGAGGUACUCCUGUCGGCGUCGGCGUGAGUUUUAUGGCGCGGCGAUUUGCUUCGGCGUCGGGCGCGGAUGCUAAUGGUUGA